UUUCCCGAGGAAGCCUGAUCUGGACAGGAAACCCUUUUCUGCCAUAAAAUCUCGGCUCAUUGGGGGCAAGUUCGCACGACACGUGAGCAACGGAAUUCAGUGCGUCGUGGGAAUCCAGUCGUUUGUCCACGGGAUGGGUCAACCCUGAAUUUGGGCAGUGGUUUACAGGUGAUUUCCUGAUAUGUGUUGUGCCUCCUCAAACAAUUCAGGCUAAUGACAGGAAUAAGGAUAUAGUUUAGCCUGGGAUUGCAGAAAAUGGCCAGAGUGAAGCGACGGAGAUCCAGAACAAAAUCCUCGUCCAAGGGAAAAAAACAUACUGCGUUCACAUCGUCCUCCAGUCUUCCUUCAAAAGCUUUGCCUCCAACCAGGUGUCCGGUUAUCCUCCAUAGCCAAAGACGGCCAUUCUCUUCCUGGCUUUUAGCGUUUAGAGACCUAUCAGAAACACUCAAACAUAUCCUGGCUGCCGGGGUUAGUUGGUGUUGGUGGUUCCAAAGACACGUUGCACAAAUUCUUCAUGUCUUUGUGAGCACAGCAUUUCCUUCACACACCUGCCUGGAGGAGCUGAAGGAGCUCAGGGCUGAGGUCGAAAACCUGAAGAGGGAAGUGGCUGAGCUGCAGUCAACUCUUCAACAGAAUGGAGGCACUGCGGCUUCUGCGGGAACCCUGCCUUGCCAGAUCUCUCCAAACCUAUUAUCAGCUUCUGUACAUGCGCAACUCGGCGUCCCACAACCCACCCCCUUGCCUUUGCAAAAUCUACAGAUUCCCAUCCCGCCGCCUCCCCCGCCGCCUCCCCCACUGCUGCCGCCGCCUCCUCCACCAGCACCCCUUGUAUUCAAAAGACGGAGUGACCCAAAGGAUGUCCCGCUAAAAAAAGAGAUUCCCCUACAAAUAACAGCUCAGGAUCUGCUCAACGUAAAACUGAAGAAGACCAAGAGUGAAGCAGCGAUGGACAAGGAAACCUCCACGUCCAAGGGAUGCAAGGCGUUGAUUACUCUCCGGGAUCUUCAGAGCAUCCGUCUCCAGCCCAAGGCCCCCCAGCCCCUUCCUUGCGUUACAAAUUUUCUCAAUACUCCCAACAGAGACGGUUUAGAUUUCCGGAAACACUUGAAAAAAGUUGCUAUUAAAAGGAGUCCAGGGGGAACCCCAAUGAAUAACAAAGAAAACAUUGAGACUGGCACAGGAUUAACCCCACUCAUGACCCAGGCUCUCCGGCGCAAAUUCCAGCUGGCUCACCCGAAGAGUCCCUCUCCUUCCUGUUUCCCUACAAGAAACAGCUUUGAAGAACAGAGCUAGAAAAAUCUCCUGGUGGUCUCCAAACACCUCUACGAUGGAUACAUUGCUGCUUGAGGGGGGAGCAAUAUGGACGGAGAAUCACAGAUGUCCUUGGGGAAGCGUUUCGCAUGCUGGAAUAUACUUCUUUCCCUCCCUCCCACCUGCUU